AAUAGUCCAGAUUCCAGGCGAAGAUCAUUCUUAGAUGUAGGAGGACGAAAUUCGAUUAAUAAUUUUGUUAGCUCCUUUCAAAGGGCACAGUCCUUUUCAGGUCUGAAUCUAUUUGAACCAGCAAUUGAUACCAUUGAUGAUAUCUCUCCACUUACUUCACCGCCCAUUACAAAUGGAGAGUUCGGAGAACCUGACAAUAAUCGUAUUUUUGACACCCUAUCGAGACAUGGAACAGAAAGUGAACAAAUCAACAAUUUUGAGUUUCCUCAAGAUGAAAAUUCGUCAUUAUUAUUGGGAAGACAAAAUAGUAAAUUAAGUAAUACUUCAGAAAGGCUUAUCAGUGGUAAUUCUACCGCUCCUCAAACGAUAUUUAACUCGAUAAAUACUUUGAUGGGUAUUGCAAUGUUGUCAUUACCGUUUGGAUUCAAAUUAUGUGGUUGGAUAUUAGGUACUUUAUUACUAUUAUCAAGUGCUAUAGUUACUGAUUACACUGGUAAAAUUUUGGGUAAGAUUAUGAGAAAGUAUCCUCAUUUGACUAGUUACGGAGAUAUUGCAAACUUAUACGGGGGAGGUAAAGCUCAAUUUAUAAUCACUUUGAUUUUUUCAAUUGAUUUAUUUGGUGCAACAAUAUCAUUAAUUUUAAUCUUUAGUGAUUCUUUUAGUUUACUAUUCCCGGAUAUUUCCAUUAAAGUUUUUAAAAGUAUUAUAAUAUUUAUACUUUUCAUUACAUCAUUUAUCCCGUUACAUAUUAUAUCAUUUUUAUCAAUUUUCGGAGUUGUUUGUACAUCGGGAGUUUUAAUAGCUAUUAUAGUUAGUGGAUUACUUACACGAGAAAUACCUGGUUCUUUAUUGAAACCAGCAUCUACUUAUUUAUUACCGGAUAAUCUAAAUGAUGUAUUAUUAAGUUUAGGUAUAAUGAUGGCACCAUGGGGAGGACAUAUAGUUUUACCUGAACUUAUUAAGGAUAUGAAACAUCCUUCUAAAUAUUCCAAAUGUUGUGAUAUUGCCUUUUCGUUUAGUUUUGCAUUAUAUUACUUAAUUUCUUCAGUUGGAUUUUUGAUGGAAGGUUCAAAUUGUGAAGAUUCUUUAAUUAAAAAUAUUAUGCUGAAUAAAAACAAUUCCAAAUCUUUAAUAUUAAUAAUUUGUUCUUUAAUGGGAUUAUUAUCAAUUUCAAAAAUACCUUUAGUGACAAGACCUUUAAUAACAGUUUAUGAAAAUUUAUUUUCAUUAAAUUUCGAAACAGAAAUUACUUAUCAAGAUGGAGUUCGUCAAAAAACAUUUUCGAUGAAAAGGUUUAUUGGUAGAGUUUUAUUCACAAUAUUUAUUCUCAUUUUAUCAUUUACUUUCACAUCAUUUGGUCAAGUUAUUGCAUUUUUAGGGAGUGCAAUUUGUUUUACUGUUUGUAUUACAUUACCAUUAUUAUUUUAUCUUAAACUAUUUAAUGAUGAGUUAAACCAGUUGACAAAACUUGCCAUUAAAUUUGGUAUUUUAAUUAGUAUUUCCGGUGCAAUAAUUGGUACUUAUAGUUCAUUCGUCUAUGAU